AUGAGUUCAUCGUUAGACAAUAGCAGUAUAGCUAUUUCAGCCCAUAUACUUAAUUGGGAACUAAGCAAGAAACUAACAUUUUGGUCAUUGAUUAUUUUGAUUUUUCCAUCAAUUAUUGGUUCAUUUCUUGUAUUCUAUGGUGUUAUACGAAAGAAAGAAAUACGACAUCGAAUAAAAAAUCAACUGGUUCUAUUGAUUUGUGUGGUUCAUUUCGUUCAAGCCGUAUUUGAGUUACCAUUCACAAUCAUAUACCUUUACCAUGGAACAGUCCCGGUAGCUUCAAAUGUAUUUUGUGACUAUUGGCAAAUUCUUAUUACCACUCUUAACAUGGCAACACUUGAACUCAAUGCUCAUUUAUCAAUUGAACGCUAUUUGCUUAUAUUUCAUAAUGCAUUUAUACAGAGAUAUAGCAUUAGUUUACAUUACGUACCAGCAUUUUUUCUCAUUAUCGUUGCACUAUUGUUUACAUUUAUAUGUAUCGUUUCCUAUCCUUGCAAAAGUACGUAUGAUUACAAUGCGGUAGUUUGCGGUGUUGCAUGUUUCACAUUGAAUCCAAUACUGGGCCCAAUAGGUUGGCUUAUUUUUUACCUUGUACCGUUGGUCAUUAUUGUUGUUUCAAAUUUAUUUCUUAUCAUACAAGUAACUCUACAAAAACGUCGAAUGCUACAAACAAAUGUCUGGAAAAAGAAUUUAGGCAUGACUUUACAACUGUUCGCAGUCACAGGAGUAUUAUAUGUUUCCUGGUUACCUAUAAUUCUUACCAGUGUGAUUAACAUAAUACAUUUGACACCAGUUCUAUUCGAGCUCCAAGCCAAUUGGUUAUUGCUUGGUUUAAUCUAUCUUGCUGUCCUAUCGUCUCCAUUGACGGCUACAGUUGCAAUUCCUGAACUGAAAACAGAGAUGUAUACAAUGAUUCGCGGAUGGCGCCGUAAUAUUACGCAUGAUCGAAUCGGCCCAGUCACUAUGACAGCUCAGACGGUCACCAACGGUACACAACAAAUGUAA